CUUCCUAAACGUCACGAUGCAAUGUGUACUGCGAUGCGAAAUCCAUUGCGAUGCAAUUUUUCGAUACCACUGCAUUGCUUUGCAUACAUCUAGGUGGCAGCAUUGUUUCAUUUAAGAACACAGCUGAUGCAAUCAAAAUGGAUGUGACGGUGAAAAAAUUAGCAAUUUGCUCUUUCGCUGAGUUAUUUAGUGAAAAUCAAUCCAGUAGUGAUUUACUUAUUGCAAAAAAGAUGAGAAAAAGACACAAAUUGAUUUUUCACUUGUGGAAGACGCAGAGAAUCGCGAGAAAUAUUCCAAAAUGCAAAAAGUUUCUCGAGUGCAUUGAAGAAAUGCCCAACGAUGUCUUUUAUAGCCAUUUCAGGAUGCAAAUACAAACAUUCCAGACUCUUUGCGAAAUAGUACAACCCUUUUGGCCGGCAAAAAAUGCAGGACGUCCCAAUAUACCAUUGAAGCUAGCAUUGCAUAUUACGCUUUGGAGAUUAGGAAAUCAAAAUAGUUUCCGUGAAUUAAGUAAUAUAUUUAACGUUGGUAUUGGUGCUACUUAUCGGGUAUUUUUCAAAACGAUUAAAAUCUUAUUAAAACUAAAAAGUCGUAUCAUAAAAUUUCCCUUGACCGCAUCAGAGCGUCGGAUUGUUAUGGAAAAAUUUCAGGCAAUGCGCAGCAACCCAUUUCCGUUUGUCCUAGGAUGCGUAGAUGGGACACACAUCAAAAUCACCCAACCAACGCAAAGCAGCAUCAGUUUUUAUAAUAGAAAAGGCACAUUUUCAGUAAUAGCGCAAGCUGUUGUGGAUAGCGAAUUGCGUUUUAUCGACGUUUUUGCUGGAUAUCCUGGGAGGUGUCACGACGCUUCCGUGUGGCAAAGCAGCCCUUUACGUCAAGCAAUAAUAAACGGAGAUAUUCCCUUUCCUCCUGAGUGCCAUUUGCUGGGAGAUGCAGCUUAUCCACUGGAGAGAUUUCUUAUGGUACCAUAUAAAGAUACCGGCUUUUUAAGUGAGGGACAACAAAGAUUUAAUACUAUUUUAAGUAGUACAAGAGUCUGCGUGGAACAAGCGUUUGGAAUUUUAAAGAAAAAGUUCCGUAUACUGAAUUUCAUUGAAAUUCGCAACAUCAAGCUUGUAAAAAAUAUUAUAAUUUCAUGUAUGAUACUCCAUAACAUCAUUAUAAAUAACGAAAGUUUUACCACUUCGGAUCUUCCUGAUAUAUUAGAAGAUACAAGUACGGAAUCCCGAGCAGACAUCGAAGAGUUGGAUGGUAGAUCAAAACGAGAUCAAUUAACCAAUUUAUUAUCAGCUUAAAACUUUAGUUUUUACAAAGAGCAACCUGAACUUUAAAUUUCAUUUUACGACAUACAUAUGUAUACGUACAUUCCUUUAACAUAAACAAAAUAAAACUAAU